AUGCGCUCCGGUGAGAUGCGCCUCGCCCUCGACACGUUCGAUACCGUCGACGAGGCCACCCAUGUGUACGUCGCGACAGCGUGGCGCCCUAGGUGGCCUCGUAGGGAGAUGAACUUCUCCGAGGUGAUGACGCUGGAGUGGGCACAUCGGCUAGCGCCUCCCCCACGGGUUGUCACCGAAGAGGACCGUCGUCAGAACCGAAGGCGGGAGCGCCGCCUCGACAUUGCUGAGAUGGACGAGCAGGCCAUAGCGACGUGGUGCCAACAGUUCCCGCAGGACGUCCUCGACGAACGCGAAUUCUUCGCACAAAGGAGGAUGAAGAGGAGGGCGAUGAAGAGGAGGGCGUAG